GACUUGGACGUCGGGAGUCAUGAGAAAGCAAUGAUUUACAGUCCAUUCUAUUAUUAGGAUUCUUUCGUGUUCACCAAAAUUCAUCUUCAGUUUAAUUUAUUUAAAAUUAAUGUUGAUAAAGAUUAUCGUUAUUUUUAGCAGGAGUUUCGGUGGUUCAGAUUAAGUCCACCGCAAAAUUGGAGACCACUAAAUGAACAAAAACGGGAACAAGAGUAUAUUUAUAUUUGAAUUGAUAGAGGCCUUUCGUUUUUUGAGAAUCACCAAAUAAUUUUCCACAGGUGAGCUAGAGGGAAAGCAGAGAUGGGGUUAAGUUUCACAAAGCUGUUCAGUCGUCUUUUUGCCAAGAAGGAGAUGCGAAUUCUGAUGGUGGGUCUUGACGCGGCCGGUAAAACCACCAUUUUGUAUAAGCUUAAGCUUGGAGAGAUCGUCACCACCAUCCCUACCAUUGGAUUUAAUGUUGAGACAGUGGAAUAUAAGAACAUCAGCUUCACUGUUUGGGAUGUUGGUGGUCAGGACAAGAUCCGUCCAUUGUGGAGGCACUAUUUCCAGAAUACUCAAGGCCUUAUAUUUGUCGUAGAUAGCAAUGACAGGGAUAGAGUUGUUGAGGCAAAGGAUGAGUUACAGCGGAUGUUGAAUGAGGAUGAACUGAGAGAUGCUGUAUUGCUAGUAUUUGCCAACAAACAAGAUCUUCCAAAUGCAAUGAAUGCAGCAGAAAUAACUGACAAGCUUGGUCUUCACUCUCUUCGGCAACGGCACUGGUAUAUCCAGAGCACAUGUGCAACCUCUGGAGAGGGCCUUUAUGAGGGUUUGGAUUGGCUCUCCAACAACAUCGCUAACAGGACAAACACAUGAACAACAUCAAGAUAGGCACAAGGCAAUUCAGGAUUUUGAUUCAUCAAUUAGAUUUACAUCACGAAAUCUAGUUCCAGAGGAGAUGUUUUUCCUUUUGCUUCAUCAAUAUUGUAAUCGCAGAAUGGUUGUUUAAUCAACCGAAUAUGGCUAUUGGCUUCUGUAAUUGCUACUUUAACUAUAAAAAUAUCUAUUGUGGUGUCA